UUUUGAAAAUGAACAGUUUGGCCCGAGGGCCGAGGCCCUGCGUCUCCACCCUCUACGCGACAGUGCGGCAGCAGUGCAACAUCAACAAUAGCUACUACAAGAAUAAAAGCAUCAACACGCAGAAGAUCAGCAACACUGGCUGCAACACACUAAAAAGUACGUUCCUAGGCACAAUUGGCAGUACUUUGGGCCCGCACAGUGCGGCCGCCCGAUCGUUUGCGUCUGCAUGGAGUCAAUGAGACGUAACGAGGCGAACACUAGCCACCACCCGAAUAAGGUGGCCCUGAAUAGCAGCAACGUAGCAACGGAAAGCAAUAUUAAGAGUAAAUUGUUAGCUAAUUUAAGUGCGGCAAACGCAACAACAACGAUAGCAGCAGGAAUAGCGGCUACAACAACAACAGCAGCAGCAACAACAACAGCGGCAGCAGCAACGACAACGGCAGCCACAAACCAAGCAUUGAAUUUCAAUAACAAAGUGAAGGCAACAACAGCAACGAAUAAUUUGCAAGGCAACAGUGCGAUUAAGAAGCAUACGAAAUUGAUUGGCGCUAGCAAAGCAAACGCUGGAAAUACAACGACAGCAAACAACUCAACAGCGUCGGCCAGUAGCAGCAGCAGCAGCGCAUCAAAUUCAAGUGAAUCAAAGGACACAAACUUUGAGUACGAGGACGAGUGGAAUAUUGGCGGCAUACCAGAACUGCUGGACGAUCUAGACGCUGACAUCGAAAAGUCGGCGGAGCAUUCGGGUGGUGGCAACCAAACGACUGCAACACCAACAACUCCAGCAGCAGCAGCAGCAGUAACAUCAACAACAACGACAACGCUAAAUGCUAAACAAGCAAACAGCACAGCAGCAGCAUCCUCAUUAUCAACAGCAGCGGCAGCAGCAGCAGCAGCGGCAGCUCACAAAUCGCACAAGACCACAUUGCAUAGCAAUUUGUCGGCCACAUCGCCAACCACAAUUAAGUUCACACGCCAGCCCAUUGCCAGCAGCGGCAGCGCCAACGCAACGCCAGCAGCGGCAAUAGCAGCUAGUAGCAACACUAGCAACAGCAACAACAACAGCAGUAGCACCAACAGCUCAGCUGUGCUAUCUAGUAGCAAGGGAUCGUCCUCUUCCACGGGCAAACAUCAUCAUCACCACCAUCACCAUCAUCAUCAUCAUCAUAGCACAGCUAGCAAGGGCUACAAAUCAGCAUUAGUGGCACAGCUAAACAGCCCUGGUCUCAAUCACAACAACAACAACAAUCAUCAACAAACAAAAAACAACAACACCAGCAGCAGCAGCAGCAGCCACAACAACAUCAACAACACAAACAGCAGCAGCAGCAGCAGCGCAGCCAACGCAGGCACCGGCAGCACAUUGUCCUCCUCGACAUUUGCCGGCUUCUCCAAAGGCGGCAAUUUGGUCUCUUCCUGCGUCAGUCAGUCUUCCACUACAGCAGGCGGCAGCAGCAGCAGCAGCAGCGGCAGCAGUAGCGGCGGCGGCAGCGGCAGCGGUCAGCAGCAAGCUAAACUCUCCGCUGGCGGUAUGUCCUCGCAGGCAGGCAGCAACACUAGCAACAACAACAGCGGCAGCGGCAACAGCAGCAGCAACAAUAGCAGCAGCGGGAACAACAACAGCAGCAGCAUAGGCAGCAACACAAUUGGUGGCGCCACAGUCGGUGGCCAAGGUUCGCAAAGCGGCAGCGGUAAAUCGAGCGCAAAAAUGUCCAUUGAUCAUCAGGCAACGCUCGAUAAAGGACUCAAAAUGAAGAUCAAACGCACGAAGCCCGGCACCAAAAGUUCCGAGGCCAAACACGAAAUAGUCAAGGCCACAGAUCAACAGCAGCAGCAGAACGGUGCGCUGGGCAACAGCAGCUCGAACAGCAGCAGCCAGCAGGAGGAUGGCGGCAGCAGCAGCACCAGCAGCAGCAGCAGUAGCGGCGGCGGUGGGGGCGGUGCUGGUGGCGGCAGCAGCAGUAGCAACAGCAGCAAUGCCAAUGCGUCUUCCCUCAGCAACAAUUCAAGCAGCAGCAGCAGCGGCAACAACAACUCGGGCAACUCUUCCGGCUCGAACAGCAGCAGCAGCAGCGGCAGCAGCAGCAAAAAACAUCUCAACAAUUCCAGCAGCAGCAGCAGUAGCGGCAGCAACAACAACAGCAACAAUAACAACAACAGUAGCAACAGCAAUGCCAAUCCAAAUAAUACGCACGGCAGCAACAGCAGUAGCAGCAGCAGCAGCAACAACAACGCACAGUCAACGCCGCAGGGCAACAAGCGAGGGAGCUCUGGGCAUAGGCGCGAGAAGACAAAGGAUAAGAACGCACAUUCCAAUCGCCUCAGCGUAGACAAGUCAGCUGCGUCGGCAGCUGGUGAAAAAGACACGCCCGAAAAGAACGCCAGCAACAGCAACAGCAAUAGCAACAGCAGCAGCAGCAACAACAACAACAACAAUAACAACAGCACCAGCAACAGCAACAAUUGCCAGUGCAAUGGAGAUGUUGCUGCGGGCUCAGCGCCGCCGUGUUCACAUCAUGCCUGCAUACGCCGCAGCAUGGGCAACAACAACGGCAGCAACAAUGCCACAGCCACGGCUGUGCCGCCCGGCGUAUUUACGCCCUCUGCCGGCUCGCCGGCUGCUGUGGUCUCGGCGGCCGCCUCGCUGCUGGCUGCCACAACAGCGGCCAGCAAUGCCUCGCAGUCAGCUGCGGGCAAUGGCAGCGGCAGCGGCUUGAAUGCUGGCGCUGCCAAUGCGCCUGGGCCGCCGGGCAAGGAUGCAAGCAUUAAGAUAUCCUCACACAUUGCCGCACAGCUGGCCGCAGCGGCUGCAUCAUCCAGCGGUGGCAGCAACAGCAAUGCCAGCAACAGCAGCAGCGGCAACAACAACAACAACAGCAACAACUACACGGGCAGCCAGAGUGUUUCAGCUGCGGCGGGCGGUGCAAGUGCCGCAAAUGCCGUCGCAGGCAGCAAUGCUGACAGCAAGGCGGCCAGCCUGGCACAGGCCAAGCUAAUGGCGCCCGGCAUGAUCUCAGCCACCAUGCACCACACGAUUUCGGUGCCCGCCAGCAGCAGCAACAGCGGCGGUGUCGGCGGUGGUGGUGGUGGUGCCGCCGAUGAGGGGAGCUCAUCGCCGCCUGCCAAACGUGCCAAGCAUAGCGACAACAGCAAGGACAUGGUCGACAUCUGCAUUGGCACCUCGGUGGGCACCAUCACCGAGCCGGACUGCCUCGGCCCCUGCGAGCCCGGCACCUCGGUCACCCUCGAGGGCAUCGUGUGGCACGAGACCGAGGGCGGCGUGCUCGUCGUGAAUGUGACGUGGCGCGGCAAGACCUAUGUGGGCACCCUGCUCGAUUGCACCCGACACGAUUGGGCUCCUCCAAGAUUCUGUGAUUCACCAACUGAAGAAUUAGAUUCUCGUACUCCAAAGGGACGCGGCAAGCGCGGACGCAGCGCAGGUCUGACGCCCGAUCUGAGCAACUUUACCGAAACCAGAAGCUCGAUCUACUUCUCGCAUGCCCAGGUGCACUCGAAGCUGCGCAAUGGCGCCACCAAGGGACGCGGUGCGACGCGCAGCGCCACUGGCAAUGCGACCAAUAGCGGCAGCUCGUCGGGCAAUGGAGGCGGUGGUGGUGCCACGCCCAGCACCUCACCUACAGCAUUUCUGCCGCCGCGGCCCGAGAAACGCAAGUCGAAGGACGAGGCGCCAUCACCGCUCAACGGCGAGGCCGGCGACGGUGCCGGAGGCAUGGUGAGCAUGGUGAAUGCCAGCGGCAUUCCCAUCUCGGCCAGCGGCGGUGGCCUGGCCACCCAGCCGCAGAGCCUGCUCAAUCCAGUGACCGGACUCAAUGUGCAAAUCAACACAAAGAAAUGUAAGACUGCCUCGCCCUGCGCGAUCUCACCGGUGCUGCUCGAGUGCCCCGAGCAGGACUGCAGCAAGAAGUACAAGCACGCCAACGGGCUGCGCUACCAUCAGUCGCAUGCGCACGGCGCCAGCGGCAGCAGCAGCGGCGGCGGCGGUGUCAGCUCCAUGGACGAGGACUCCAUGCAGGCGCCCGAUGAGCCAGCAACGCCGCCAUCGCCGCUGCCAGCAGUGGCAGCAGCAGCAGCAGCAGCAGCGGCGGCGGCGGCAGCGGCGACUCCAACAGUUGCCGCUAAUGGAGCAGCCACACCAACAGCACCACCAGCCACAGCACCAACAGCAGUAUCGCCUUCAGCCGCAGCCGCAGCAGUAGCAGCAACAGCAGCGGCAGUGCCUGUUGCUACUACGGCAGCAGCAGCGGUAGCGGCAGCAGCAGAGGCAAACGGCGCAACAGCAAAUGGCACUGCAUUGCCAGCUGCUGCAGGCGCAGCCACAGAUCCAGUAGCUGCUGCUGCUGCUGCUGCAGCGGCUGUUGCUGCUGUUGCUGGUGUGGCGGCACCAUUGCCAGUGUUGCCGCUGGUUGUCACAGCAGCAGCCGUGCCACAGCCACCGCCAGCAACGCCCACACAAGCGCAGCCAGCAGCAGUGUUGCCACCCGGUGGCAUGCCUGGCAGCCAACCCAUUGCAGGCGGCAGCAUCACGGCCGGCAUCUCCACACAGGCGCUGUCCCAGCAUCAGCUGCUGGGCGGACUCGUCGGCGCCGGACUGCCGGCAAUGCUAUCCGAGCAGCAGCAGCAGGCGCUGCUACAGCAGGGAGCAUUAAAAGCGGGCGUCUUACGCUUCGGUCCGCCUGAUGCGGCAGCUUUGCAGCAACAACAACAGCAGCAGCAACAGCCGCCGCCUGGCGUGAACACGCAGCAGUCGCCGCCUGGACAGAGUCCACUGCGUCCGCCCAGUCUGUCGCAGGAUCCACAACAGCCACCCGCCGGUGGCUAUGUGCCACAACAGCAACAGCAGCCGCCGCCAGGGUUGAAGAGCUCGCCUGGCUUUGGGCCUGCUUCGGUGGGCGCCAGCAGCAAGCAGAAGAAGAACAGGAAAUCGCCUGCUCCGGGCGAUUUCGAUGGCAGUGUUUCGCGCGAGGAUGUGCAGAGUCCAGCGUACAGUGAUAUCUCGGAUGACUCCACGCCCGUUGCGGAGCCAGAGCCGCUGGACAAAUCGCAGCCGGUCAAGCAUAUUGAGCUGCUUGGCAAGAAACCCAGCGAGGUGGGCGUGCCACCAGCGCCAACGCCCAAUAUACCGCCCUCGUUGGCCGGCUAUGGCAUGUAUCAGUUCUAUCCGGCGGCACAGCAGCAGCAGCAGCAGCAGCAACAACAACAGCAGCAACAGCAACAACAGCAGCAGCAACAACAGCAAUUGCAACCACCGCCGCUGCCACAGCAACCGCAGCCACAGUACAUGGUGCAACCCGGUCCGGAGGCACUGCAACCAGGCAAGCAGCAACUGCAACAGCCGGGGGCACCGCCAGCUACCUCACAGACGCCACAGUCGCAUCUGUUGGCGCCGCCCGCCCAGCAGGCUGUCGGCCAUCUGACCGACUACAGCAACAAGAACAAGGAGCCGCCAUUGGACCUGAUGACAAAGCCACCAUCACAGCCAAGUGGCCCACCUCAGCAGCAGCAACAGCAGCAGCCCGACAACAAUGGCAAGGACAACGGUCCACCCCCAUCGCAGCCGGCACCGGUGCAACCGCCGCCGGUUAAUCUCAGCGCUGUGGCUGGACCACCUGGCGGUCUGCCGCCUGGUAUCGCUGGGCUAGCUGGUCUAGGCGGACCAUCGCCUGCCAAGGCUCUGGGACAUUUCUAUCCCUACAACUUCAUACCGCCGGGCUAUCCUUACAGCGUAGAUCCCAACUUUGGACCCGUUUCGAUUGUGGCCUCCGAGGAGGCCGCCAAGCUGGGCGGUCAUCCUGGCUUGCCACCCAGUUCGCAGGCACAACAACAGCAUCAGCAGCAGCUCGCCGGCAUUAGCAUCAAGGAGGAGCGCACCAAGGAGAGUCCCAGCCCGCAUGAUAACCCCAAGCAUAUGCCGCCACAGCAGCAGCUGCUGAGCAACAAGCUAAUCAAACAGGAGCCAAUGAUCAAGCAAGAGAUCAAACAGGAACCCAAUCAGCAGCCACCGCCGCCAACGCAUCAGCAGCAGCAGCAACAACAACAGCAGCAGCAACAGCAGCAGCAGCAACAACAGCAGCCACCGCCACAGCCACAGCAGCCACAUGCACUGCAUCCAAAGGAUCUGCAGGCGCUGGGCGCUUAUCAUCCAAGCAUCUAUCAGCGUCAUUCCAUGAGCCUGGCGGCAGCAGCGCGCGAGGAUGAGCUGCGACGCUACUAUAUGUUCUCGGAUCAGCAGCGGCGUCAGAAUGCUGCAGCUGUUGCCGCGGCACAGAAUGCUUCCGGCAUGCAACCGCAUCCUGGAAUGCCGCCCCAGCAUAAAGAUGAGUCCAGCUUAAGCUCGCAACAGCAGCAGCAACAACAACAACAACAGCAGCAGCAGCAGCAACAGCAACAACAGCAACUAUCGCUAGCACAUCAGCAGCAAGCGUUGCAACAGCAUCACCAGCAUAUGCAGCAGCAGGCGCAGCAGCAACACCAGCAGCAGCAGCAACAGCAGGCGCAACAGCAGCAGCAACAACAGCAGCAGCAGCAACAACAGCAACAGCAGCAACAACAGCAACAGCAGCAGCAACAACAACAGCAGCAACAGCAACAGCAACAACAGAAGCUUAAGCAAUCGCAAGCCAAUGCGGCAGCCAAUAACAAGGCAACCAACCUGACCAAGGAUUCGCCCAAACAGAAGGGCAACAGCGCCGCCGACGAUGAUCAGCAGCAGCAGCAGCUGAAGGUGAAGCAGGAGGGCCAGAAACCUACCAUGGAAACGCAAGGUCCGCCGCCACCGCCUACAUCGCAAUACUUUCUGCAUCCCUCGUACAUUUCGCCUUCGCCAUUUGGCUUCGAUCCCAAUCAUCCGAUGUACCGCAAUGUGCUGAUGUCCGCAGCUGGGCCAUACAAUACGCCGCCGUAUCAUUUGCCCAUAACGCGCUAUCAUGCGCCCGAGGAUCUGUCGCGAAAUACGGGCACCAAGGCGCUGGACGCACUGCAUCAUGCGGCCAGCCAGUACUACACCACGCACAAGAUCCAUGAGCUGAGCGAACGUGCACUCAAAUCUCCCACCAGCGCCAGCGGACCGGUCAAGGUCAGCGUCAGCAGCCCCAGCUUGGGUCUGCCGCAACCGGGCGGCGGACCCGGCAACGGUGGGCCCGGCUCUGGACCCAGCGUGCUGGGCGGCCCAGGUCCCAAUCCGCCAGGCACGGCGCCAGGCAGUGCAGGCGGUGUUCCACUGAAUCUGCAGCCACCGCCCGGCAGCCUAGGCGGCCCGCCGUCCAACAAACCCGACAUGGCUGGCCAAAAAUCGCAUGGCGUGGCGCCCGGCGCAGCACUCGAUGCCCACAAGCAGCCGCUACCUGGUGCACCGCCCAUCGGUGCCGGCCCCGCUGGCAAUGGAGCUGUAGGAGUGGCCGGCGGCGGUGCUGGCAAUGGUGCUGCUGGUGGUGCUGGUGCCGCCGAUUCGCGCAGUCCGCCGCCGCAGCGACAUGUGCACACACACCAUCAUACGCACGUCGGCCUCGGCUAUCCCAUGUACACGGCGCCCUAUGGAGCGGCCGUUUUGGCCAGCCAACAAGCGGCUGCAGUAGCUGUGAUAAAUCCAUUUCCGCCGGGUCCGACAAAAUGAGAACAACUGAACGGCAGCAACGAGAAGAAGGCCUACAAUGUGAAGAACAACUAGCGGAAUGCUGGAAUGGGAUCCGAAUGCGGAUCGAGUUGGAGAUCGAGAACGAAACUGGAAGAGGCAGUGGUUGAUAAAUACCCAAAUGCAUUUGCUAUUAGCCCUGGGCGUGCGCACAUAAAUCAUAUAUAGCAUAUAAAUAAAGAAUAUAUAUUUAAUAUUUUUACAAAC